UCAUACUGUGAUGCAUAAGCCCGAAAGUCUGGAUGCUGCGUUGAAAACAGUUACCGCGGUAGCAUCCUUGCGGAAUGUGAGACGAUCGGAAGUUACUGUUUUGACUGCAUCCAAAUCUGCGAGCCAGAAAUAUUGCUGGGAGUUCGAAAAUCUCACUGAAGCAAACACAGUGCUGCAAAACUGCCUGUACAACGAUAAUUUGCCAGCGAAAUGACCUAUGCUGCCUUGUCGAGGGAAGACAGGCGCGAGAACGAGAGCCAGAGAAUAGAAUGGGUCAAUCCAAAGGAACCGACGCCCCGGAUAUCCACUACAAGAUCAUUGUUUAGACAGGUUCAAAUCAAUCAGACUUUCUUUAACGGUGUAAAUCCGAUAUUACACUGAAAGCCUUUUGAAGGGACACAUAUUUGUUGAACACGAUUUUGAGAACCACUGAUGCUAACAGUGUUC